UGUGUGGGAUAUAAAGAUGGGACAAACGGGGCGCUCUACUUUCAGUAGUAUUUCCAUUCACAGCCACAUCGGUUUGCUGUCCGUGGAAAGUAAAAGUAAAACUCAUCGCCUAGACACACUAUCGAAAUGAAGCUUAUCUGGCUGGUAGUACUGCUGUGCCUUGCCGUCAGCGCAACGUUUGCAUACGAAGGAUACGAUGACUAUGGCCAAGGAGGCUAUGAUCAGGGAGGCUACGACCAGGGAGGCUAUGACCAGGGAGGCUACGAACAAGGAGGAUACGACCAAGGAGGAUACGACCAAGGAGGUCAAGAUUACGGAGGUCAUGGUUACGGAAGUUACUACGGAUAAUCGAAUAAUGUAUUAAGGUUACAAAUACAAAUAGGUGUAAAGUAAAAAAAAUAAGAUGGA